CUUAAGGAUUGCGCGGAGAUUAAGAAGAAUUCGACAAAACGUGUGAACGAAUUGAACGAUAAGCUCAAGAAUUCAAAGUCUAUUCGCGAGAGAGAACACAAAGAGGCGGAACAGAACCUGAAGAACGCCAGAACUCAGGCCGAAAAGGCGCGCAAAGCUAUGGCUGACGACCAGCAGAAAGCAGAGAGUCUUCAGCUCGAGAUCGAAGAGUUGACUAAACAAAUGGUUUCGUGUGAACAACAACUCAAUCAAUUCCGAACAGAAAUCGUUGAUAAGCGUAAAGAAGUGACAGAAUUUGAAGAGCGAGUGAAUGAAGUGAAGCAAAGGGUCAGUGAAUUGAGUGCAGAACUAAAAGAACACAAAAGGCUUUUAAAGACACAUUCGGACGAAAUGUCAAAAAUGCAGAAACAAAGGGAAUCCGUUCUGAAGAAGGCCGAAGAGAAUGAACUCAAAAUCAAACAAAUUAAAUACGAGAUCGAAAAAAUCAAGAACUCUUCCGCAGAAUCGGCACAAAAUGUAAAGCAUAUGAAGAGAAAGAAUCCGUGGAUUGAAGAGGAGAGGCAUUUGUUUGGCAAUGAGAGCGCCGGAUAUGUUAGGUUUGAUUAUAAGGAUCCGCACCACAACUUUGAUAGAAGCGCUGUUAUUGGCGUCGUUUGCAAUCUUUUUCGCGUCAGAGACACGAAGUAUGCGUACGCUUUAGAGAAGGCCGUCGGCGGACGACUGUAUAAUGUGGUGAUGAGAGACAGCCAAUCGGCCAAAGCUAUCCUCGAUAGGGGACAGUUGCGGGAGAGGCGAACACUUAUACCACUCGAUCGCAUCCAAGGCUACGACGCCGACCCCAGAGCGCUGAAGAGAGCGCGCAAUAUUGUCGGCCACGAGAAUGUGGACUACGCUAUCAAUUAUGUGGAUUACGACCCGAGUCUUAGCGUUGCGAUGAAACAUGUUUUCGGCGACACAAUGAUUGUGCCCGACAUGGAAAUCGCCAAAAGGAUUGUCUAUGAAGUUCACAAAACUGCCGUUACUUUGGAUGGAGAAGUGAUUGAACCGUCGGGUGUUCUGUCCGGUGGCUCCACAUCACAAGGAACUCAACUCUUAGCAAAAGUGGCAGAGAUUUUAGACAAGCGAAGAAUGUUUGAGGAAUUGAAACAUUCUAUGACUGAAAUGGAGAGAGAAUUUCAAAAUUUAAACAAAGACUCCAAGAAUUAUAUGACAACUAAACAAAGCUUUGAACUGAAGGAACGCGAAGCAGAACUGGUCCGACAGAGACUACAACAGGGAAACAGCGCUCACAGUCUGAUGGAAGAGAUCGAAGCGUUGAGACAAACGAUUGAAACCGAAGAGAAAGCUCUUAAGGAUUGCGCGGAGAUUAAGAAGAAUUCGACAAAACGUGUGAACGAAUUGAACGAUAAGCUCAAGAAUUCAAAGUCUAUUCGCGAGAGAGAACACAAAGAGGCGGAACAGAACCUGAAGAACGCCAGAACUCAGGCCGAAAAGGCGCGCAAAGCUAUGGCUGACGACCAACAGAAAGCAGAGAGUCUUCAGCUCGAGAUCGAAGAGUUGACUAAACAGAUGGUGUCUUGUGAACAACAACUCAAUCAAUUCCGAACAGAAAUCGUUGACAAACGUAAAGAAGUGACAGAAUUUGAAGAGCGAGUGAAUGAAGUGAAGCAAAGGGUCAGUGAAUUGAGUGCAGAACUAAAAGAACACAAAAGGCUUUUAAAGACACAUUCGGACGAAAUGUCAAAAAUGCAGAAACAAAGGGAAUCCGUUCUGAAGAAGGCCGAAGAGAAUGAACUCAAAAUCAAACAAAUUAAAUAUGAGAUCGAAAAAAUCAAGAACUCUUCGGCAGAAUCGGCACAAAAUGUAAAGCAUAUGAAGAGAAAGAAUCCGUGGAUUGAAGAGGAGAGGCAUUUGUUUGGCAAUGAGAGCGCCGGAUAUGGUUUCAAUAAUUUCGAUGGCAGUGACUCUAACCGACGAUUAGAGCGAUUGAAAUCAACGAAAGCUUCUCUCGCGAAGACGGUUAACAUGAGAGCGAAUAUUAUGUUAAGCGAUAAGGAAAAAGAGUCGGAAGAGUUGAGUCGAAAACGUGGUAUUGUGGCCACAGAUAAGUAUAAUCUAAUCCAUUAUAUGGAGGAAAUGGACCAAAAGAAAAAGGACGCCCUCUUCAAGGCGUGGGAGAAGAUUAAUGUGGAUUUUGGCGAUAUUUUCUCUACAUUUCUGCCCAAUUCUAACGCCAAACUGGAAGCGCCCGAAGGCAAAGACGUGACCGACGGGUUGGAAGUGAAAGUGGCGUUCGGAGACGUCUGGAAGGACUCGUUAACCGAAUUGAGUGGCGGUCAGCGAUCGCUGGUGGCGUUGUCGCUGAUUCUGGCGCUACUGAAGUACAAUCCGGCGCCGCUUUAUAUCCUCGACGAAGUGGACGCAGCCCUCGACCAGAGCCACACACAGAACACUGGAAUUAUGAUUAGAACUCAUUUCCGUAAUUCUCAGUUUAUAAUAGUGUCCCUCAAAGACGACAUGUUUAACAACGCGAACGUUCUGUUCAAGACUCGGCUUUUAAAGACACAUUCGGACGAAAUGUCAAAAAUGCAGAAACAAAGGGAAUCCGUUCUGAAGAAGGCCGAAGAGAAUGAACUCAAAAUCAAACAAAUUAAAUACGAGAUCGAAAAAAUCAAGAACUCUUCCGCAGAAUCGGCACAAAAUGUAAAGCAUAUGAAGAGAAAGAAUCCGUGGAUUGAAGAGGAGAGGCAUUUGUUUGGCAAUGAGAGCGCCGGAUAUGGUUUUAAUAAUUUCGAUGGCAGUGACUCUAACCGACGAUUAGAGCGAUUAAAAUCAACGAAAGCGUCUCUCGCGAAGACGGUUAACAUGAGAGCGAAUAUUAUGUUAAGCGAUAAGGAAAAAGAGUCGGAAGAGUUGAGUCGAAAGCGUGGUAUUGUGGCCACAGAUAAGUAUAAUCUAAUCCAUUAUAUGGAGGAAAUGGACCAAAAGAAAAAGGACGCCCUCUUCAAGGCUUGGGAGAAGAUUAAUGUGGAUUUCGGCGAUAUUUUCUCUACAUUUUUGCCCAAUUCUAACGCCAAACUGGAAGCGCCCGAAGGCAAAGACGUGACCGACGGGUUGGAAGUGAAAGUGGCGUUCGGAGACGUCUGGAAGGACUCGUUGACCGAAUUGAGUGGCGGCCAGCGAUCGCUGGUGGCGUUGUCGCUGAUUCUGGCGCUACUGAAGUACAAUCCGGCGCCGCUUUAUAUCCUCGACGAAGUGGACGCAGCCCUCGAUCAGAGCCACACACAGAACACCGGAAUUAUGAUUAGAACUCAUUUCCGUAAUUCUCAGUUUAUAAUAGUGUCCCUCAAAGACGACAUGUUUAACAACGCGAACGUUCUGUUCAAGACUCGUUCACACCAACUCUUCGUUCACCGCAAACACCAAUUGAUUGCAUUUCCAUACAAAUCGUGUCAACCGUUGAGCACAUCAUCCAAACCAUCACUAAUGGGGAAGAAGGCCAUUCUGUUAGGCGUUUACGAGAAGAGCGACGACAAAGACAACUAUGUCUUCACUCAAAACGCCACCAAAUUUGAUGAGACAAUUGAUGGCAAACUCACGAACGCUAUAAACAUAAUCGGACCCUUGAAGAAGAGUAAGUGUCGCGUCUUUUACGGCUUGAGUCCAUCGCAUCCGGUGGUGGCUGUCGUCGGUUUGGGUCCAAACAAUGCCGGCUAUAACGACGCCGAAGAGGUGGAUGAAGACCGCGAGAACAUCCGCACCGCCAUCGCUGUCGGCGCCCGAACUCUCAGAGAUAUUGGAACUAUUGAUGAGAUCGAUGUCGACGACUGCGGCGACGGAGUGGCGGCCGCAGAGGGAAGUCAUUUGAUUCUCUAUAAUUACGACGAACUGAAAGGCGAUUCUCUGAAGAAACCGGUCAUUAAAUUAAACCAUUUGAAUGCUUUGAACGACUCGUCGGCCGAAUCCAAAUGGAAUUAUGGCCAAAGUCUGGCCGUCGGACAGAACUUCACCCGAAAACUGAUGGAAACACCGGCAAAUCUGAUGACUCCAACCAAAUUUGCUAACAUUGCUGUCCAAGAGUUAACUAAACUUGGUGUUGAGGUUCACGUGCGGGACAGGGCGUGGGCUGAGGCCAAGAAAAUGGGAUCAUUUCUAAGCGUGGCUAACGGUUCCGAUGAACCGCCGAUAUUUUUAGAACUUCACUACAAUAACGCACCCAAUACUAAGCCAUUGGUCUUUGUGGGCAAAGGUAUCACUUUCGACAGCGGAGGCAUCUCUUUGAAACCGUCCGCAAAUAUGGACAAAAUGAGGGCCGAUAUGGGCGGAGCGGCCAAUGUUUUCGGCGCCAUCUCUACACUCGCCGCCACUAAAGCGGCUGUUAAUGUGAUCGGCGAGUAUUGCCAUCGAUUGACAUAA